AUGGGUGGUAAAGUAUCUACACUCGAGUUAACGUUAAAUGUGGAAGGAAAGUGUGGAGAGAAUGGAAAUAAAAAAUGUAAUUGUGACAAUUCUGGCAAGUUUGUCGCCGAAAAGAAGACAGAUGAUCCAGUAAAAGGCUUUACUAAAUAUGCGCACAGUGUAACAAGUGGAACAUUUACUCUAGAUGGAACGCUUGGUGGUGGAGGUAAGAUAAAAGUGGGAGGGGUAAUACAAAGCUCCAUAGAAAAUGUCACAGAGGUGGCAGUAUACUACUGGAGUCAUCUGGACAAUAAGGAUGAAACAACACCCCUCCUACUUGAAGUUAAAUAUGGUGGUACAACUAUAUAUUAUGUCAGCAGUGGUAGUAGUAAUGAUUGGAUUUAUCAUGGGAUACUCCAAGGUCCAGCUCUUGAACAGAAGCUUGACGAUCUUAACUGCCAACAUAAUAGUGCGGUAACUAUAGAUCUUAGCAAGGGUUUAUCUAAUAGCCAAACUAAGUACUGUUGCAGCGGCAAUCAUACUGAUGGUACUCAUAACCGGAUCACAGUUACUUCUACACAAGUUCGUUGUAAUAAACAGGAUCACAUUUCAACCCACCUUACAUACUACAAACACGAGACCAAUCUUGGUAAUGGAGUUCAAUUAGCAGCUAUCAAAUACAAUGAUAGUACUGGCCAAAGAAAGAGACUAAAACUCGGUAGUCUUAUCUUACCUACCAAACAAUCAGUAAAAGUCGCAGUUUAUGCUUUUUACUGCAAAGAUAGUGUUCCAAAACUGAUAUACGUUGAAGGUAGAGACCCUAAUGUUACCGGUUGGUACAAGAAGCCUAAUAGUAGAGAUAAUAAUAGUGGAGAUGAGCAGUGGAUAGAAGUACUCAGUGUGUUCCUUAGCAUAACACCAAAGGAUUUAAGUAGUUCUAUAGACCACGACGAAUACAAUAAUCUUGUGACUGCACUAAAUAAAUUUACUGGAUGUACAAGUUAUAAACAAUGUCCUACUACUCCUGUUCCUGCUGAAUCUGGUAAAACUGAACGUUCUACUGGUGGACUUCUUGAACUUCCUAUUGCUACUAGUCUAUGGUCAACCUUUGGAGUAUCUUCUGGCCCUCUUGCCGGAGCUGGUGGUCUCACUGGGUUUGGUUGGUGGAUGUUUAAACGUUCUAAAGGAGAUCCUUGGGUUAGACAAAUAUGA